AUGGACAUCGGCGAGGAGGUGGCCCCCGAGGCCUCUAUGAUGGUUGACGAUGCUCGCAGAUACCUCGAGGACACUGUUAGUGCACAAGAUGCCACUGCAAUCCGGUCGACGACGCUCUUCGACUUGCAAAAUGCGGCUCGACAGAUCGAGCUCAACCUGAAGGAGGUUUGUAAUUUGAGGAGGCUCGAGUACUUCUUUGCCAGCCUGGAGAAGUUCUCAAUAGCUGCGAGAGCUGUAUGUGACACCACAACAAUGGCGUGGGCUUGGGGGCCCGCGAAGUUGAUGCUUGAAAUAUGCUCGGAGGAGCCAGCUGUCCUGAAAGAGUUGGUGUCGGCGUAUAAACGCAUUGGGCAGGCAUUUCCCUCACUUGGCAACUUAAAAGAUGGGGAUGCCACAAGCAGCGAGACACAACAGCUCUUCGCAAUCUGUUACGCUGAUUUGCUUGACUUCCACCGACGCACGUAUGAAGUUCUUCGAAGGCAUGGGUGGUACUCUUUUUUCCAAACCUCCUGGGCACGUCUCCAGCCGUGGUUACGGAUAUAUCUCGAUGAUCUGAAUACUUGUGGACGAUUGCUAAGGACUGCGCAAUCCUCUCGAGAUAUAGGUAAGACAAGAGACUCUCGUAACAGAGCAACGAAGGAAUUGGAGCGAAAUGAGGAAGAUCGCAAGGUCAGCGAACUUCAAAAUGCACAGUUCUGGCUUGAAGCCUCUACACUUGACCAAGAAGAGGAGCUCGACGUGCUGCGGAACAAAUCUCAUGAAGAUAGCUGUGACUGGAUAUACGAUAAUCGCAUAGUUGAAUCGUGGUUACGAAAUGGCAAUGAUCACCGUGUGUUGUGGCUUAAGGGCAUCCCAGGUUCAGGCAAAAGCGUUCUGUGCUCGAAGCUCAUUGAAAAGAUUCAGUCUUCACAAAGGACAAAGGUUUUGUAUGUGUUAUGCAGCGACUCGCUCCCUGAAUCGAAGCAGUCCCGAUCUGUACUACAAUCCUUGACAUGGCAAUUAAUACGGGGCCAGCCACAUCUCUGCGCAGCUGUUCAGGUUGACUUCAUCAACAAAGGCCACCGAAAGUCCUCCAAACCAAAAAUUCGGGAACUUCUCCACCUUGCGGUAUCGGCCUAUCCUUCCGUUCGCAUUAUCAUCGACGGGCUGGACGAAUGCGAUCUGAAACAACAGGAGGAGAUUCUGGAUGAGAUGAUCGCCGUCACCAAGGUUGAUACUGGUUCAAGCGUCUGCAAGGUCCUGAUAUCAAGCCAGGAUGUACUGAAAAUAUCUCGAAAGCUACGAAACAGGACCUCCAUUGAUCUCGGUAAACAGCAAACAGCUGUCCGCAGUGCAAUUUCCUCUUUUGUUGGCGCCCAAAUAGAACAGAGCCCGCUUUUCAAAGAUGCAGAGAGUCUUGAUGCGUCGGAGCUAGAAAGAGUUCGGCAGACCUUGGUGACUAAGGCUGGUGGAAUGUUCCUAUGGGUGCGUCUUGUUAUGACAAUGUUGGAGAAUACAUACACGCCCGGGGAUCUGAAAAAGGCUCUCGAGGAUCUCCCGGAAGGCCUUGAUCAAGUAUACGACAAGAUCUUUGCAAGAUUUCGGUUGCAGUUGUCGCAGACUAACAGAGACAGAGCGUCGCGCAUUUUCCAAUGGCUGGCUUGUAGCCCAAGAUAUCUCAAGCGAUAUGAGAUACAAGAUGCCAUAGCCCUGGACUUUGAUCACCCGACGAUAGAUUGCGAUAAACGGGGCUUCGAGCAUAUAGUCGAGCUUUGCAAACCCCUCGUGGAAAGUGGGAGCGGUGAAACCAUCAGAUUUGUACAUGCUUCCGUUAAAGAGUACUUGCUCAAACAUCAACCUCUGUUCAGAUUAGAGGAAGCUCGAUGCAACAUUACCUUUUCUUGUCUGGCGUAUCUCCUGAACCAUGGUAUUAACUUGGUUGCAGCCGACUUUGACGACGAAUCACGACGCGUCGAGAUUGGCCAAGGCAUCCAUGGACUUUGUCGAUAUGCUGUGCAGAAUUGGACGGAACACCUCUUGUCUUACCUCUCUGAAAAAGAAAUAGUGCAAGUUGAGCUGAGGGCGAAAAUACUGCAGGCCCUCGAGAAUCUGGCGCUCGCGUUAUCCAAGAUCUCGCAGCUACCCCAAUCGGACUUUUCGCAGACAAGCCUCGACAGCCGCUGCGAUGCGUUGAGCGAACAUCCAGUGGCAUGCACGUUCGUUAAAUCUGCCUUGGUGGAUCAAUUGCCACAGCGUAUUGCACCGGCAGAGUCGAUGAGUGCCACUUCGGUCGAACAUCCCCUGACAAGUAUACGCCGAAAGUAUGACGAGAUUUCUAUGCAACUGCUCCAGGCAACUUCCGUCCCAGGUCUACAAGAGAAGGAGCUAGAGUCGUUCAAAAAGACCUAUGGCUCCGACAUCUUGAUUUGCCGAACAAGCAAUUGUCCGCGUGGUCUUCAAGGGUUUAGAAGCGUUCAGGAGCGUGACGCGCACGAGUCCACUCAUCAGCUGCGCUGCCCAUACCUUGGUUGCAUUUACAAUCGGAACGGAGUCGCCAGCGAGAAGAAACUCAAAGAUCACAUAGCUGCGUCUCAUCCCGAAGAGCGCGCACAAGGCCCUGCGACGCCUAUCAAACCUUUUGGCGAGAAAAGAAUAACCACAGACUCGACACUAGUGGAAUCACCAGCAAACGUAUGGAAAGAAGCGGAAGUGGUCGUAUCGAGUGACGGUGAAGAGGAGGACGAUGGCGAUGAUGACGAUGUCUUUUACGAUAAGCUUGAACAUGUUGCCAGAACGGAUGGAUUCGCUUUGAGAUCCACAGAUUGGACUUGA